CCCCAAGUCCGUCCGGGCCUCGGCGGGGAGAUGAACGCGCAGCUGGACGGCCUGUCGGUGAGCUCGUCCUCCACCGGCUCGCUGGGCUUGGCGGCCGGGCCGGGCGGCGGCGGGGGCUCGGGGCUGCGGCUGCUGUCGGCCAACGUGCGGCAGCUGCACCAGGCGCUGACCACGCUGCUGAACGAGGCGGAGCGGGAGCAGUUCACCCACUGCCUGAACGCGUACCACGCGCGCCGCAACGUCUUCGACCUGGUUCGCACCCUGCGUGUCCUGCUGGACAGCCCGGUCAAGCGGCGCCUGCUGCCCAUGCUGCGCCUGGUCAUCCCGCGCUCCGACCAGCUGCUGUUCGACCAGUACACCGCCGAGGGCCUCUACCUGCCCGCUACCGCCCCCUACAGGCCGCCCGUCUGGGUUGGCCCCGACGGCGCGGUGCCCGGGGAGGUGCGUCUAGUGAGCCUGCGGCGCGCCAAGGCCCACGAGGGCUUGGGCUUCAGCAUCCGCGGGGGCUCGGAGCACGGCGUAGGAAUCUACGUGUCGCUGGUGGAGCCAGGCUCACUGGCAGAAAAGGAAGGGCUGCGGGUCGGGGACCAGAUUCUGCGCGUCAACGACAAAUCUCUGGCCCGGGUUACCCACGCUGAGGCCGUCAAGGCUCUGAAGGGCUCCAAGAAGCUGGUGCUGUCCGUGUACUCAGCAGGGCGUAUCCCAGGGGGUUAUGUCACCAACCACAUCUACACCUGGGUGGACCCGCAGGGCCGCAGCACCUCCCCACCCUCCAGCCUGCCGCAACUUCAUGGCAGCUCCCUGAGGCAGCGUGAGAGUGACCCCAGGAGCACCUUGCACCUCNNNNUCGAUGGCAGUGAGAAGGAGGUAAACCUGGUGCUCGGGGACGGCCGAUCCCUGGGCCUCACCAUCCGUGGGGGAGCGGAGUAUGGUCUGGGCAUCUACAUCACUGGCGUGGACCCAGGCUCGGAAGCAGAAAGCAGCGGGCUCAAGGUUGGGGACCAGAUUCUGGAGGUGAAUGGGCGGAGCUUCCUGAACAUCCUGCACGAUGAGGCGGUCAGGCUACUCAAGUCAUCUCGGCACCUCAUGUUGACGGUGAAAGACGUCGGGAGGCUGCCUCAUGCCCGCACCACCGUGGAUGAGACCAAGUGGAUCGCCAGUUCCCGGAUUGGGGAGACCGCCACGAACUCCGCAGGGUUUCCUGGGGACCUCACAGCAGAAGGGACAAACAAGGUGGGGUUUUACAAGGGGCCAGCUGGCUCCCAGGUGACCCUGAGCAGCCUGGGGAACCAGACACGGGUGCUGCUGGAGGAGCAGGCACGGCACCUGCUGACUGAUCCGGAACGGGCCACCAUGGCCUACUACCUGGAUGAGUACCGCGGUGGCAGUGUCUCUGUGGAGGCCCUUGUCAUGGCCCUGUUUGAGCUGCUCAACACCCAUGCCAAGUUCUCACUCCUCUCGGAGGUGAGAGGCAUCAUUUCCCCUCAAGACCUGGACCGAUUUGACCACCUGGUGCUGAGGCGGGAGAUUGAGUCAAUGAAGGCUCGGCAGGUCCCAGGGCCCGUGGCCGGUGACACCUACUCCAUGGUCUCCUACAGUGACACGGCCUCGUCCACAGGCAGUCAUGGCACUUCCACCACCGUCAGCUCGGCCAGGAACACUCUAGACCUGGAGGAGACUGGCGAGGCUGUCCAGGGCAGUGUCAACACCCUCCCAGAUGUCUCCCUGGAUGAGGUCAAGUCCCUCUCCAAGGGGCUGUCGAGCUUCAGGCCACCGCCCCCUUCGCCACCUCUGGCCCACAGCCGUGACCGCUCGAUUGCCCAGCCAAGGAAGCCAGGCAGAGAGGACUUCCAGCCCCCCUCCUCUGAGUCUUCCCACUCAGGCAUCGUCUUCUCGGCUCCACAGAACCGUAGCCUGCCGGCGGGCACUGCACCCACCCCUGGGGCUUCCUCAACACAAGACUCACCCUCCUCCCCCAUCUACGCCUCCAUCUCCCCUGCCAACCCCGGCACCAAGAGGCCACUGGACGCCCAUCUGGCCUUGGUCAACCAACACCCCAUUGGUCCCUUCCCACGGGUCCAGUCACCCCCACACCUGAAAAGUCCCCCUGUAGAGGGGGCUGGGAGCUGCCUGUCACCACCCUCCCCCUCUGGCCCUCCAGACCAGACAGGCAUGAACCAGCACUUUGUCAUGGUGGAGGUGCAUCGCCCAGACAGUGAGCCGGACGUGAACGAAGUGCGAGCGCUGCCCCAGACACGCGCAGCCUCCACACUCUCUCAGCUGUCUGAUAGUGGGCAGACCCUCAGUGAAGACAGUGGAGUGGACGCUGGUGAGGCGGAGGCCAGAGCGCCAGGCCGAGGCAGACAGACAGUGUCCACCAAGAGCAGGAGCAGCAAGGAGCUGCCUCGGAACGAGAGGACCACAGAGGGGGCCACCAAGCCGCCUGGACUCCUGGAGCCUACGUCCACUCUAGUCCGCAUGAAGAAGAGUGCAGCUACCCUGGGCAUCGCCAUCGAGGGUGGUGCCAACACCCGCCAGCCCCUGCCAAGGAUCGUCACAAUUCAGCGAGGUGGCUCAGCCCACAACUGCGGGCAGCUCAAGGUGGGCCAUGUGAUUCUGGAAGUGAAUGGGCUGACGCUUCGGGGCAAAGAACAUCGGGAGGCCGCCCGCAUCAUCGCCGAGGCCUUCAAAACCAAGGAGCAUGACUACAUUGACUUUCUGGUCACUGAGUUCAAUGUGAUGCUCUAG